AUGCAAACAAAACUUGAAAAUCUCUCCAAGAAUAAUGCUGUGGUGGGGGCGCCGACGCACGAAAAGGUUGUGACCAACUCGCUCGCCCAUGGUGGAAUGUCUCGUCGAAACCGCAGGCAAUGGGGUGAUGGCCUGUGCAGCUGGUAUCGCCUACGGUAUGUUUUCUUCGAGCGAAGGUCGCAGGGGAAAUCCAGCGCCGCUCGUUAUUUUUGCCGAAAGAACUGCAAAAAGGCUGGGUGUCGAUCGAUCCUCAUUGGGGCAUCCACCAGCGGCGGCGGAGAGAGGUAUUUUCAGAGGGUAGCGGCUGACUUGGGCGUUGAAUUUACAUCCCCCAGCUGGGCUCGCUGUCUUGUGGCUGCCACGACAAAAUCUCCCCAAGAAGAGUUUAGUCCCUUUCUCUUUCUGGAUGAGUUCAACGACGGAACAAAGCAGGAUUUUCAGGACCUCAACAAGUUCAUGCGUGUUUGCCAAAACCUGGCCUUUUAUCUCAUCGUCAUUACUUCGGAAAGGGAGAUUGCCAAUGAUAUCAUGAAGCUCAACGCUUGGGGCAAAAUGCGGCCGCUAAAAUUCAUUCACAAUGGCCCCACCGAAAACGUACGUGGUCAGCCUGGGUCCCCGCUCUUUCCCCGUGCUCUAACUCGCCACCACUAA